CCAACUCCUCUACGUGUUCAUCUUCCCACGCUCUUUCUCCACACACCCUAUUGAAUAUUAUUCAUUCACCUAUAUAUUUACACAAGUUAAUCAACAAAUAUCAUCAAAAGCUUCAAUUUUUUUGCAUAUUGUACCAAAAAAAUGAUGGCGGAACACCAAAGAAUUCAUCCUGUUCAUGAUGUGGAGGCACCACACAGACCUCUGGUGCCUGGAAACAGUACUAAAUCUGAUAGGGUUUUUCCUAAACGAAGUUUUCCUGUGAUGCAUUCGAAGCCACCGAAGAGAAGAAGAAGCUGUUGCUGCAGGUUUUUGUGUUGGACACUUAGCAUAUUGCUGAUUUUGAUCAUUGCUAUUGGCAUCACUGUAGGGAUCAUGUACCUUGUUUUUAGGCCAAAGCUCCCAAAAUACUCAGUGGACCAACUGAGGAUAACCCAGUUCAAUGUUUCUGACAACAACACCCUCUCAGCCACCUUCAAUGUGGCAAUCACUGCAACAAAUCCGAACAAGAAGAUUGGGAUAUACUAUGAGGGUGGAAGCCACAUAAGGGCUUUGUACAUGGGAACACAAUUGUGUGAAGGGUCUUUGCCAAAGUUCUACCAGGGUCACAGGAACACCACAGUGCUUGAUCUGUCUCUAUCAGGUGAAGCACAAGAUGCAAGUUCUUUAACAAGUAGAAUUCAGGAGCAGCUGCAACAGACCAAUAACAUUCCCCUUGAUCUUAUGGUUAAUCAACCUGUGAGGGUUAAGCUUGGUAAAUUGAAGCUCUUCAAGGUCAAGUUCAGGGUUAAGUGCAAGCUUGUGGUGGAUAAUCUUGGUGCUAGUAAUGAUAUUAGCAUUUCAAGCAGUAGUUGUAAGUUCAGACUCAGGUUAUGAAUUCACUAGUUCAUAUUUCUGUUAAUUAGGGUAGUAUAUGUGCCAUUGUUUAUUCACUAGUUCUUCUUUUUGUGGUUUGUUUGAUUGAUACUUUUCAUAAGGGAUUGAGGAUCUUAUGUGGUUUUUCUCUCCAUCAGAAUUGAGAUACAGUUCUUGUAAUUUGAUUCUAUUUAUUCAGCUGCUAUUUCUUACUCA